AUGGAGCUGAAAAAGGAGCAGCUGAAAGAGGCUGAGACUCACCUGAACAGAUUUCUACCUUGUUCACUACCGGUUUAUAGUUCUUUGAUGCUCAACAACAGUGUCCUGUCAGACAGUCUGACAGCUGUAGUGGACAAAUGGCCUGACUUCAACGUCCUUAUCUGCAAACCAAAAUGUAAAGAGAAGGGAGAUCUCGUCAAAGGAAUUCUUAUUUAUGCAAACGAUGAAACUGCCCUUAAAGAAACUAUAAGGAAGAAUUCUGCUCUUGACUGGAGCAGAUAUUUCUGUCUUGGAUUCAAUCAUCACUUCACAGAGGCAGUCAAAGCAGUGGCAUCAGAGAAAGGUGUCCCCUACUGCCAGGUGGCGUUGUGCAACAUGAUGACACUGAAGGAUAUUUCUGACCUUCCUGAAAUAAACAGCUCAGGGAUCCCUCUCAGCUCUCUGAAUGAGUCACAUGUCAGCUUGGUGAAUCAGAUGUGGAAGUUUGGUAAAAGUGAAAACUCUCUUGGUAUGAUUCGUGGCAUGGUCACAAACUUCCCUUCCUGCUGUGUUCUUGAUGCUGAAGGAAAGCCUGUUUCCUGGGUACUGAUGUACGAGACUUGCGCAAUGGGCAUAUUGUACACGCUGCCGGAGCACAGAAGGAAAGGUUACGCCAAGGUCCUGAUCUAUAGCAUGGCCAAGAGACUCCACACUGAGGGAUACCCGGUCUACUGCUCCAUAGAGGAGGACAACAUGCCCUCCCAUGGGCUCUUUAAAUCCCUGGGCUUCACUGAGGAGCCCUCAUACAAGGGGAUGUGGUUUGCAUUCAAUGAACUUUAA